AUGGGUUUGAUCUCAUCACCAUCAGUAGAAGACUCACACUACUACACACACAAGAUCUUCCUCUUCUCCAACUACAUCCUCCUCGGCGCCGCCACAAGCUGCAUCUUCCUCACACUCUCUCUCCGUCUCAUCCCCUCAAUCUGCGGCUUCCUCCUCAUCCUCCUCCACUCCACCACCAUCGCCGCCGCCGUCUCCGGCUGCACCGCCGCUUCCUGCGGGAGGAACCGUUGGUACGCGGCUCACAUGGUCGCCACCGUGAUCACUGCCAUCUUCCAAGGCUCAGUCUCUGUCUUGAUCUUCACCAACACGGCUAACUUCCUCGGGAGUCUCAAGUCUUAUGUCCGGGAGGAAGACGCUGCUGUGAUCUUGAAGCUUGGUGGUGGGCUUUGUGUUGUGAUCUUUUGUCUUGAUUGGGUUGUGCUUGUGCUGGCUUUUUUCUUGAAGUAUUAUGCUUAUGUUGAGGGGAGUGGUGAUAGGAGUGUUGCGGUGAAGAGGAGUGGUAAGGUUCAGAGUGAUGAGAAUCCUAAGGAUUGGCCAUGGCCUUUCCAAGUUUGA